ACAAAUUUUGCCAGUCCCUUGGCCCUUAGUUAUAGAUAGGAAAAAUAUUAGUGACGUCACCUAUUGUUAUAAAUACGCCUACCAAAGAACUAUUUGCUGGUAAAAUACAGAUUCCUUUUGUUUAACGUUUUGAACAUUUAAAUAACAAAAACAAUGUUUGCUAUUACUUACGAGCUUAACGUGGUCGAUAUCCCCUACAGCAACUGUUAAAUCAAUUCAGUUCAUGAAUUACAUAGACUCUCAUUUCACGGCAAACGAACACUACACUUUUGCCUUGCGAUCGUAAACGGCGUCCGGGAAAUUAAGAAUUACUGUUGCAGCGAAGUGUAACAGGUUUAAACACUAUUGCUGAAAGGCAGAAACACCGAGGCCUUGAGUUUCAUCUAAACGACUUUUCAAGGAAACGUGUACGAGACAAAUUGUUAGCUAAGUAAACACCAGACAACAUGGCUCAGAACCUUGAAGAUAGAAACACAGCGACUGUGGUUUCAGAAACUGCCAUAUUAGCGCUGGUGAUGAUUCUCUCACUCGUUGGAAAUCUCCUGGUCUGCUUUGCUGUGUACAGAAACCCGAGGCUACGCUGUCCAAGUAAUUACUACAUCAUCUCCUUGGCUUUGAGCGACAUUCUACAAGCUCUGUGCACAAUGCCACUAUCUGUUGCUUUCUUAGCCACCGGUGGAUGGCCGUUUGGGACUUCCCUGUGCUAUUUGUCUGCCAUUGUGAAGUAUUCCCUGGCGAAAAUCUCUAUAUACACUAUGGUGCUCAUGGCAAUCAACAGAUAUUACAAAAUAGUUAAGCCAGCAAAAUACCAAACUACUUUCAAAAAGAGAUUCAUCAUCAUAACAGCAUCGCUCGUGUGGGUUAUUUUCAUCACGUACUCCAUUAUCGCAGCAUUUGUCAUCGGUUCCGAUGCCAACGACGACCAAAGUUUCGCUCUAUGC